AUGGGUCCAUCGCUAAAAGAUCACUCGUCCUUCACCCGCCCAUCGACUCGCGAUCGACCUGUCACCCGCGACCAAGGAGAGAAUUUGCUGGUCGUUCCUAGUCGCACCUCCUCGCUCCAUUCUCGCAUCACACAACCCAUUCCCUCCCAGAUGAGCACCAAACCGACACAACGCACACCAAAGACCCUCACCCAUGCCUACAUGGUGUGUGGUGUGGGCCGGGAGCCCUCCCAAUGGGUCAAAGCCCCCGCUCCCGAACAGGGGAAGAUCGGUCAUAUGAAAGGGGCCGUGGGUCAGUUCUGGCUCCCGGAGAUUCUGGGGAGCAGCCCCAGGCUCGAGCAGGAUAAUGAGAUUGCAAGGUCUUUGCAUUCAGCCAUGAGGGCUUGUUUCCCUCACGAUGUGGAAAUUUGCACCGGCAAGAGCCAGCCACACUGCGUCCACCACGCCUUUGUUCUGCAGCAAGACUCGUCCCACACAUUAUAUGGGAUCGCCUUGCGUGUUUGGUCGCGCGCCGAUGAGAAACGCGCCGAGACAAUCCGUGAAUUGCGCAAGAAAACCGAGGCCGAUUUCUACGACAACCCAGACGAGACCUACUGGAUCCCCUAUUGCUUAAGUUUCCUCUCUCGCUACCCGCUCUACGACCUGCUGGGUGACUACCUUCGUGGGAUGUGGAUUCACUGGAACAAGGCCACCAAUCUCUUCCACGCGGAGGAGGUCUCGCGCAUCCUCAGUUUCCCUGCCCCUCGCCUGAACGACCUGGUUCGAAUUGAUAUGAAAGACUACGCCUUGUGCUAUCAGUUCCCGUCAUCCCCAACCGGCUUCCAAAACUUCUCCAUGUGGCCUCUGUUUACCUGUCUGUCGAUCCCCAACAUUGUGGGUGUCGUCGAGGCCGCCGUCUCGCCCACGCGCCGCAUUAUCUUUGUCAGUCAUUAUCCGGCUAUGCUCACGAUCGCUGCGGAGUCGGUGCGGUAUUGCGUCCGUGUCUACGAGUGGAGCGGGCUCUACGUUCCCGUCGUUCACGCCCGCCACAUCAAAGACCUGGUGCAAGAGCCGGGACCGUACAUUCUGGGUGUCACGGCUGAAUGUCGGACUCUGUUCAAUGCGCCUUCGGAUGCCCUGGUAGUGGACCUGGAUCGCAACUUUGUGCUGACCUCCAGCCCUCCCAACAUCCUCACGCCCGGUCAGCGAACCAAGUUCAUCAACCGGUUGACGCAGGCGCUGAACGGGGAUGUCUCCCCCUCGGGUGUGCCAGACCAUCUGCGCUCCGCCUAUGCAGGGGGCAAGCUCAUCCCUGCCGGUCAAAUCAUUGUUAUGAGAGGGGAAGUGGAAAGCAUCCAAGAUCCAUCCUGGUGGAACCAGGAUUCGGUCAUGGGCGUUAUGGACCACGUUUGCGAGAAAUUGGGCCGCAACACCGGUAUGAAGGCCAUCUUUGGUGGCUCUGUCAAGAAACCCUUGAUGACCAAGGUCUCCAUGCGCCAUCUCAACGAGAUUGUGCGUGAACGCAACCAGUACUCGCGCGACGCCAUGGAAGCCUGGCAGGACUUCAUCAACCUCAAGGGCCGCAUGGAUACCGAGUUGAGCAAGGUCACCAAGCGCAACAACUUCUUGGUCGAGGAGCUGGAGACAUGGAAGCAGCAGUUCCUCAAGUUCCAGGCCUUUGCCGAGCAGCUCACUAAGGAGACGUCUGACCUCAAGGUUAAGAUUGAGAACCACAAGCGUGAGAAUCGCCGUCUCGCUGGUCUCAUCGACCAGCAAAAGGAUGAUGUCGCCCGCCUUACUCUGCGUCUGUCGGGUACUGAGAAGCAGCGGGAUGAUGCCCUGGAGGCGUUGGUUCUGCAGCAGGAGAUUGCCGAGGAACUCGAACGCGAGAGGAAGCGUAACCAGAAGGAGCUCAGCGCCUUGCAGCACACCAACCUGUCCCUUGCUCGGCAACGGGAUGAGGCCCAACGCGUGGUCCUGCACCUUCGUAGCCUGAUCAACGGCCAAACACAUCACAUGGAACACAUUGUUCGCUCCAUCGGAAGCUCGGCCGAGCUUUCCGAGCUGGUCGAACAGGAGGCCGUCGAAGAGAGCAAGGAGGUGGAAGAGGUGACCGCACCGGUCGAGGCCAAGCAUUCCGUGGCGACCCCGAAGAGCGGAACGAACAUGACCCCCGAGUUGGAGCAGCAUCUCCUGAGUCUCGGCAGAGAGCAGAAGCGUCUCGCCCGCCUCAGCAUCACUGACGUGGCCGAUCGCUAUUUGCGCGACAAGACCGAUGCCAUCUCCGACAUCAUCCGCAGCAUCAGCGAGCAGUGCGCCGCCGCCGUCGAAGGUCUUCAUCUGGCUCAGGACGCCGAAGACGACGACGAUGAUGACUCGGACAAGCGCACCCAGAUCCGCAGCCGGCUGGUCCCCGAUUACGAGGGCCGUGACGGACGCUCCACCCGCGAGGGCAGCGAGAUAGGCGACGACAACAGCACCCUGCACCCGGAUCACCGGCACUCCAGCGUUCCCCCCACACCGGAUCUGGUACACAACCGCUCCAGCACUUCCAUGUCAAUGAUCAGCAGCUCGACGUUCCAGGAGAGGUCGAGUCAGCAGUACAGCCCUGGUGAGAUCCCCACCCGGAUAGUCGAGGACAACGACGAGCGUGCCCACGAGACCGAUGGUCUUGAUGACCACACGGAGAGCGGAACCUUGUCCAAACAGGGCAGCGAAGAUCUGAUGCGGACGAACCCCCGGCUGGUCGCGUAA